AAACAGCUAGCUUGCAGACUAGCAAAAAAGUAGCCAGUAUCCUGACGGGUUGUAGCUUGACGACGCAAGCGCUAGGUCUAAACUCGAUGCCCUUACAGCCGCGACGCUAGGUGGCUAAUAAUACAGCUACUGUCAGCAUUGUUCGGAUAAGCAUUCGGCAGGGCAAAGAGGAAAAGACUGACUUCAAGAUGUCUGUGGCGGGCUUGAAGAAACAGUUUUAUAAAGCCAGUCAGAUGGUGAGUGAGAAGGUUGGAGGUGCAGAGGGAACCAAACUGGAUGAGGACUUCAGAGAUUUGGAGAGGAAAGUAGAUGUGACGAGCAAAGCUGUGGUAGAUGUGAUCUCCAAAACCUCAGAAUACCUGCAGCCCAACCCAGCCUCCCGCGCGAAGCUGUCCAUGCUCAACACCAUGUCUAAGAUCCGGGGGCAGGUGAAGAGCCCGGGGUACCCCCAGGCAGAGGGGCUGCUGGGAGAGUGCAUGGCCAAGUAUGGCCGCGAGCUGGGGGAGGACACCAACUUCGGUGGCGCUCUCAUUGACGCGGGGGAGUCAAUGAAGAGGCUAGCAGAAGUGAAAGACUCUCUUGAUAUUGAUGUCAAACAGAACUUCAUUGAUCCCUUGCAGGGGCUGUGCGACAAGGACCUGAGAGAGAUACAGCACCACCUGAAGAAGCUGGAGGGCCGGCGCCUGGACUAUGACUAUAAGAAGAAGAGGCAGGGGAAGAUUCCUGACGAAGAGGUGCGGCAGGCGCUGGAGAAGUUCCACGAGUCCAAGGAGGUGGCCGAGACCAGCAUGUACAACCUGCUGGAGACCGACAUCGAACAAGUGAGCCAGCUGUCUUCACUGGUGGAGUCACAGCUGCAGUAUCACAAACAGGCAGUGCAGAUCCUGGAGGAGCUGUCAGACAAGCUGAAAGACAGGAUGAGUGAGGCCCAGUCACGCCCCCGCCGGGAGUACACCCCCAAGCCCAAGCCUGUCUUUGAUUAUGGAGAUGCUGACCAAUCGAACGGUGGCUUCACCCCUUCUUUUGCUCCACCUGCCCGCUCUUCAGCCUCACCCUUCCACUCCGGCAGAAUGUCCUCGCGGAAAUCCAGAUUGCUCUCAGAGCAGCCCUGCUGUAAGGCCCUCUACGACUUCGAGCCUGAGAACGAGGGCGAGCUGGGCUUCCACGAGGGCGACAUCAUCACGCUGACCAGUCAGAUCGACGAGAACUGGUACGAGGGCAUGCUGCACGGCCAGACAGGAUUCUUUCCGCUCAACUACGUGGAAGUGAUGGUCCCCCUGCCACACUAAAGAGAGCUGGGGGGAAUC